AUGCCAAAAGUGUCGAAAAAGAAGACAUUUCGUGGCCAAAAUCGAUGGAAUACUUUGAGUCCAAUCGAGCCUUCUGAGCUCGCUUCUGAGCCUGUUUUGUCCUCAACAUCGACGCCAUAUCGAUCAACACCAGUCAAUGAAACUGCUUCCAUACGAAAGAUAACAAGUCAAAAUAACGAUAGAAGAGAAGAUUUCGAUGGGGAAUAUGGUUAUAGACUGAUUGAACUUUCAAAUUUAGGUAAUGCAUUUCAGUCUUUACAUAAUUGUGAAUCAGGGGGAGAGUUGAAAGUUACUGAUGAUGAGGCUCGUAGAUAUGGAAAUAGCGCAGUUAUCAUAAUUGAGUGCUCUAAAUGUGACACUAAAAUUGAGCUUCAAACUUCGGGAAACAAGAAUCAGGGAUGGAACCCAAAAAAUUCCAUUGACAUCAAUCGACGAAUGGUUUACUCCGCAAUGGAAAUGGGAGUGGGGAGAGAUGGAAUGUCGGUUAUGUGUGAUAUUUUCAACAUGCCGGCGCCUCCUUGCCAUCCUAAUGCUUGGAAAAAUCAUGUGAUUGCACUGUAUGAAGCCCACAAGAAAGCUGUUUCUGAGCAGUUACAGGAAGCAAGAGACAAAGUCUUUUCACGCCACAGUGACAAUGAGUCCGAUGAGGCAGAGAUUGCUGUUAGUUACGAUGGCACAUGGUCAAAACAAGGGUACACAGCAAACUUUGGUAUUGGCUUUGUUAUUUCAGCUGACACUGGUUAG